CGCGCCGGUCCUUGGACAUGGCUCUUUUACUUCCACUCUCAUAGCUGGUCUAUAGGUUAUGCAGUCGCGACUACUACUACGAAAAUCAGUCCCGCAGUCGUACACGCGUAUCCCAAACCCUGUGAAGUGUCAAGCAAGAGCGUUUCGGAAGUCAUCGGCACGAAGAGACUUGCAAGAUGUUUCGACGAUCUAUGAAGAUUCAACCCCCAGCAUCAGAGGUCGAGUUGAAGCUGCUGUGAUUUCAGAUGGACUGUCAGCAAGACGGGCAAGCACCGGCUCCUCUGCGGUCGUGACUCGGGGCCACCUCCGGGAUGGCACACUCGCUACAUCGACGAAGGAUGACGGCGGCAAACCACCCGAAGGACCAGAGGAGCUUCCAGACGCAGAGUGGGAGAUUAAAACAGGUCGAGCUAUAUACAUUCUACAGCAGACCCUUCCGGAGUUCUUCCAGACGGGCCUUGUUGCGACACUGGAUAGAGGCGUGCUAGACGUCAACAACCAUCCCCCUUCGUCCAACGGUCUUAUCAGUGCGACCUUCCUUCAUACCACGUAUGGCAAGUCGAUGGCCACUCUGUAUGCGCCUAAUAUCCGGUUGUCAUAUCAUCCACCUGUGACACUGCCCGUACCUGGCAUGAAUGGAAAAAUGAUGCAGAUAGAGGGUCUGCCUCUAUACGUUUCCUCAUCCGUUUUCGUGCGCACCACGAUGAAGGCUCUUUACAACGACUUGGAGGUCACCCUCAAGCGAAUGCGAGUCACGAAUGGACCUGAACCAGACGUCAGUGGGACGGAACAAACUCCGCCUGCUCCGGAUGGCGAUAGGCAAUUGAUCAAGAAACACCCCCGAGAAAAGAGUGUCUUCAUUUCGCUUGGCGUGACGGGCACUGCACGUGUCAGCGGGGCGCGUAGUGAAUGGGAGGUUAAUUCGACGUAUGAGUUCUCUCCUUACACCGGGCUCAUUCAGAGUCACGUCGUCAACUCGAUCCAGCCCGCGCCUCAUCACAAGGUUUACGACGCGCUCAGGAGUGCUCUUGAAGGGCUCGGUUUUGGUUUAAGAGGAGGGCAAGGAGCUGGCGGAACUUGAGGCGCCAAUAACGCCCAAGGGCAUGAGUAGAGGAGCUGUACCAAGUUAAACACCACUCAGUUGAAUUCAAGAACUUUGCAGUUG